GGCGUUGGAGGAGAUGGGUGGGGUGGGCGGGGAGGGAGGGAGGAAUGGGUAUGCCCCCGACCCCUCAACAGAAUACAAACCCCUCCCUAUCCCAACUCCGGGCGACUCCGCCGGUACGCAAUCGACAUACACUCAUGACCGUGCGAAUGGGACAAGUGGUGGUGGUGGGUCUGAUUUGUCGUCGAUAGGUCCGAAUCAGUCUGCGAGUCAGAUUGGGGUGGAUGGAGGUGCGGGUGCGGGUGGAGGGGGCGGUGGAAUGAAUGGGUGGGCUGAUGGCCCCUCCCGCCCCCUCUCCCCCUCCCAAAUCGCCCUCCCAUCCUCCCCUCUCUCCCUCCCCCUCCACCACCACCAACAAACAGGCUCACGAUCCCAACUCCCACUCGAAGAUCCGGAUACGCUCCGUCUUUCCAUUGGACCCGCGCAUUCUAUCUCGGAAUACGAUAUGAUUCCUUCGUCGCAGCCUCAGUCUCAGUCCCAGGCCCAGUCGCACAUGAAUCUGAACUCGUCCCAAGGCCAAGGACAACGUGCGGGACAUAAUCACCCACCGACGUUCGAAAGACGGAUAACAGAAGUCGACGAGCCCCCGCCUAGUUCAGACGAGGAAGAUGAGAUGAUGGAGGGUCGGGAAGUCCGAGUGGUCGAGAAUAAUCCGUUCGGGAAACCCAAUACCACCCAUUCCGCAUCGAAAACCGACCUGCGGACGUCCAAGACCAACCUGCAGACGUCGCCAUCCAAGACCGACUUACCCACUACCAACGGCACCGCACCAACCAAACCCCCGACCCACAUGGGUCGCAAGUUCUCCAUCCGGCGUCCUUCCCAAACACAUAAACGAGAAGAUUCGACAUCCUCCGUGUCCAUCGCGGCGUCGCAGUCUGCACCCUCUCGUUCGCGGUUCUUUGGCUCCCUGCACGGUGGUGGUGGUGGGUCAGAUACUCAUAUAGCCUCAGGAUCGGGAUCAGGAUCGGCGAGGGAGAGAGCGAGGGAACGAAAGACGAGCGGGUCGGGAUUUUUUGGAGGGUUGGCGGGAUUGUUUUCGAGGGGGUAUAAAGAUAAGGAAGAAGGUGGAUAUGGUGGGAGCGACACGGGUGGUGGGAGUCCGUAUGCGAGGGCGAAGGGUGGGAAGGGAGGCAAGUGGGCGACGAGGACGGAGGCGAAUUUGAGGAGGGCAAGGGGUGGGGGUGGGGAGAGUGAUUCGGAGGAAGAGGGGUUGCCGGCGUCGAGUGCGUUUGCCGGUCCGGGGGCGAGAGCAGGUGGAGAUGUGGGAGCGAGCGGAAGUGGUGGUUCGCCUUCGCCGAGACGGUUCAGGUUUAAACGAAGGGAGUCUGCAGACGAGGGUGCUCUUCCUGGUGCUAGUGGUGCUGGUGUGGCGGGGACAAGCGCGGGCACGAGUAAAUUGAAGAAGAAAAAUCUGAGAGUGGCAUCUGGGUCUGGGGCGUCGGUCCAGGAAGCGGGAUGGAUGACCGAUGGGGGCGCGACUGCUACCGUGACGAGGAAAAAUCGUCCCGGUGCUUCUGGUUCUGGUUCUGGGUUUGGGAAGGAUAUGGGUGGUGAGGGUGGAGGGGAGGACACUGUCAGGGCGAAGGGUAGGGGGAGGAAGGCGUCGAGUUCGGAUGUGGGGCCUUCGACGACAACGACGACAGGUAUGAGAAGUGGGAAUGGGAGUGCGGUGUCGCUUGACGGGGUGGAGAGUGGGACGUCGACGCCGAGGGCGAGUGCGAAGGCUCCUUCUUCCGCCGCAGCCGCCAACAACACCAACGCUUCUACCACCACUAUCACUGGUCCCAAGGCCAACGCCGAUAGUGGAAAUGGAUCGACAUUGAAGAAGAAAGGCACGUUGACGAGGAGCGGGAGCGUCACCAGUGCUUCGUCCGCACCUGUCGUUUCUUCCUCUCCGUACGGACACGCGAGGUCGAAAUCGACGAAUAUGCAUACGCAUACGAGAUCGAGAUCUGGGUCUGCUUCGGCGACGAAUCUGACUUCGUCCACAUCCAUGACCGUAACGGGUAGCAAUAAACCGAAACGAGCCUCUUCGCCUCCCGCGCCCAAAUCCGGCACCUCCGCACAUUCCGCUACCUGGUCGUCGUCGUCGUCUCCAAGCCCACAUCACUCCCGUGGGGCGACGACGUCCGUGACGGCACCCGGACAGACGUCACUCAUGUCCAUCGUCGAGGGCGUGACGAAGGCGAAUAGGGAGGGGUGGAUGCAGAGGGCUUGGGAUGCAGACGUUUCGUCGCCUGAUGCGCCGUUGACGAGCGCGCGCAGCACCGGAACGGGAGGGGCGACGAUGACCGGGGGGUUGGUGGGCGUGAAGGCGCCGCCGAGGGUGGGGAGGGAGGAUUUGGCGAUGUUUGAUGCGGGGAGGAGUGUAGGAACGGGAGCAGAGGUACCGGGAGGGAGGAUGGAGAGUGUGACGGCGCCGGGGAGCGUUUUCGAUUCUCCCAGAGGUGGUAACGCCCAGCUUUCGAGAUCUAUGUCCACGACGACGGCGACGACGAAGCCUGCGCGUGGAUCGGAGGUGGUGGCUACACCGAAACCUGUUAGGGCGAAUAGCCUUUCUGCAGCCUCUGCCCCUUCCUCUCCCCGUACCAAUGCACCCGCAUCCCCCGAUAUGAGCCUCAGCCCAAACGACACGAUGCACCAACCAGGCCAAGUCAAAACCCCGCUCAAAUCUGCGCUCCGGUCUCGGUCUCCUUCCCCCCUUCCUCCCGCCAGCACAUCCACCUCUUCAUCCUCACCUCCUUCUUCUUCCCUCGCGUCAGCGCCCAUACCGAGAGUUGCUUCGCCUGUCCCCAUUCCCAUGUCUGUCGCGCCACCGAUCGUGAUCCCGACGGCACCGAGACCUUUGUCUGCGUCGAUGGAGGAUAAGAAGAAGGAUAGCGAUGAGGACUCGAUAUCAUCGUAUGAGACGGGGCAUGAGAUGUUCUAUGAUGAUGAGGAAGAGGCGCCUAAGGUUCCUGCGAAGGACGAGGAGGGAGGCUCGGACGUGUCGCAGUCCACUGUUGAUGCGAAUCCUCAUUCCAACAAUCCCAAUACCUCGGGCAAUGCGCAAGGCUCGGAUGGUCCUACUGGUACGGCGCCCGUGAGGAGGAAGAGCGUGAGGAUGUCGCUGCAGCCUACGUUCUCGCCUACGCCGCCUGCGAUCGAGGACGACGAGGCGACGGCGGAGCCUUGGGGCCACGGGAGUGUUGGGAACAACGGACAUGCGAACGGGGGUGCGUGGGAGAUGCGUGGUGGGACGCAGGGCAGAGAGAAGGAGGAGAAGGAUGUGUGGGAGGAUUCGAGCGAUGAGGAUGUGGAGUAUAGGAGGGCGAGGGCGCUGUUGAGGAAGGUUGGUAGGAAGAUACAUAAGGUUUGAGGGUUGACGUCGUGAGCUUGGUGGGAGGGGUGGAUGAUAUCAGGUUUUCUUCAUCGUUUUUUUCGGUCUCGUUCGUCUUUGAUUUGUGGUUUUCAACUGGGUUGUACCCUCCUAUCUUCAUCUCCUUGUUCAUCUCCUUCUAUUGCAUACCGGUCUCCAUUGUAUAUACGCACAUCACGGUCUUUCCGAUCUUAGCGUCUAUAGCCAAUCCUUCGUCAUUCGUUUCUCCCAUAUACGACUGUCCUCGUCCCUUGUUCAUCAUUAUCCCCGGAUAUCUGUGCCUCGUCUACAUGUAUAUCCUCAGUCACCGUUUAUCUGUUUCCUGUCCGUAUCAUAUGUGUACAUUACGGUCGUUCGCGUUCUAUUUCUGUUGUUUUGUUUUAGAACAUUUCGUCUUCAAUUAUCCCCGUCCCUAUCGAGUAGCAGUACUCUAUUGUGUCUGAUGAUAUUCUAGGCACAAUCUUAGUGUCUGUGUCGUGAUGAACUUCGGUGUCUGUUCGGUAUGUAUCGC